CACUACUGGCUAGGACCGGCUGUCAUAGUUUAUCCACAACACAGGCGCGCGUUGGUACUGCCUGCCACAUUUUGCUUUCAGCGUUCAGUUCUUUCCUCGUCUUAUUUUCCAACCAUGGAUACCGAAAUGAAGGGUCGGACAUCGUCUGGGAAUGAGUCCUACCCGGAGAGCGACCCACCGAGCUACCACUCGCAGGUUAACACCGAGACUUUUCCCCGCAAGGCGCUGAGGUUCAUACGGCAGAAUGCUCUCCUCCUCCUGACGAUUGUCGCCGUGUGCCUCGGUGUGCUGAUUGGCUUCACCGCCGCGCCGCACGUCAACGAGAAUGACGUCAAGUACAUCUCCUUCCCCGGUACUCUCCUCAUGAGGAUGCUGAAGAUGCUGAUUUUGCCUCUGAUCGUGUCGUCUUUGAUUUCUGGCGUGGCUUCGCUCGACUCCAAAACUAGCGGGAAGCUUGGUGGGAGGGCAGUACUGUACUACAUAUGUACCACACUGAUAGCCGUGAUCAUGGGGAUCGUGUUGGUGGUCAGCAUCCAGCCGGGGAAAGGCGCGGGGAAGGUGGACAGGACCGGCCAGGCACCCAGCGUCUCUACGGUGGACGCCUUCCUGGAUAUUCUCAGGAAUGUGUUUCCAGACAACCUUGCAUCGGCAACAUUCCAACAGUUUCAAACAGUACUGAAAGAGGUCACACCGGAAGUUGUCAAUGCCACUGCCGGAAAUGGUACCGUCAACGACACCAUGAUGAACAUGACGGAGCCCGCCAAGGUUUACGUCACUGAGGACGGGACAAAGGACGGCAUGAACGUGCUGGGCCUCGUGGCCUACUCCAUCGCGCUCGGGGUCAUCCUGAGCACCAUGGGCGAGGCGGGCCGGCCUCUCAUCAACUUCUUCGACUCGCUCAACGACGCCACCAUGCGGCUGGUCUGGGUAGUGAUGUGGUAUUCACCUAUCGGUAUCACGUUCCUGAUCGCUGGAAAGAUCAUUGAGAUGUAUGACGACUUGAGCGCCUUGGCUGGAGCCCUGGGCCUGUACACCAUAACUGUGCUAGUGGGGCUUGCCAUACACGGUCUUAUCGUCUUGCCUCUCCUGUACUUCAUCUUCGUACGGAAGAAUCCGUUUGUCUUCAUCUCUGGUCUUGUCCAGGCUCUGCUUACGGCUCUAGGAACGUCUUCCAGCUCUGCAACACUGCCAGUGACAUUCAAAUGUCUGGAGGACAACAACGGCAUCGACCCCAGGGUGACUCGUUUCGUUCUGCCGAUCGGGGCGACCAUCAACAUGGACGGAACAGCGCUGUACGAGGCCGUGGCUGUUAUCUUUAUUGCGCAGGUUAACGGCACCCCUCUGAGCGUUGGAGGCAUCAUUGUUGUCAGCAUUACAGCUACAGUGGCUGCCAUUGGUGCAGCUGCCGUCCCUCAGGCCGGGCUCAUCACCAUGGUGAUCGUACUCUCGGCAGUCGGGUUGCCCGCAGAUGACGUCACUCUCAUCAUCGCCGUCGAUUGGUUCCUGGACCGGUUCAGAACGAUGAUCAACGUUCUUGGCGACUCCAUCGGGGCGGGGAUAGUGGCGCACUCGGUACGGAACGAGCUCCCGGAGCUAGAGGAAGAUGACGUGGAGAUGGGAACCACCGCCCGGCCUGCAGACAGGAAGAACAGGCGAUCCACCGCCUCAGAGGGCCGCGAGAACCAGGCUAUGGAGUCCCAGGACGAGAGAUCAUUUGAAACAGCCAUGUAAUAAGCUAGUAGGUUAUGACUGUAUAGUCUCCACCCCAGGCUUCUUGGGAAGGCAUUUCUGGAGGGCUCAUUAUGUGCUGUUUGCCAGUUAUGUUUACCUUCACGGAAGUGAAACAUGUUGGUUUUCCUCCGUGUUUUUUUUUUCUCUACUUCUUCUUAUUUCCCUUCUCCAAGGAAACAAGCGUAUUGACCUAGUACCUGGACCAGACGACUGUCACCGUGGUUACUGGAGGUGCAGCAGACACCCUGUGGUGUUUUGUUACGCAAUGUAGCAAGUGGCAGGACAGAGCUAGAGGGGCUAGUCACCAUAUCUGAAUUAAGCUAGACCAAACUGAGCAGUAGUUUGUUCGGCUAGACCAUGUGAAGGUAAACAUAAUUUUCUUGCAUUUCUGACAGUUGC